AAUGAAAUGACCACUUGAAAAGAUAAGAUAAAGUGUAGCAUACUAUGAUUAACAUUUGAUGAAAAUUAGUUCAUUUAUGUCCAUUCCCCUGUUGUGUGCGUAUUGCCUACAUCCUGCAAAGAAACAGCUGACUCAGGGAUCCAUAACAAAAGGAUCAGAUUUCGUUAAUCAUCAAGAUAAAAUUUUGAUACCUCAAUUAACCGCAUGACUACAUAAAAAACUAAAAAUCUAAGAUGGCCUGGACUACAUAUCAACUCUCCCUGGCCCUCUUGAUGGUCGUAACGGGAAGUAUCAACACCCUGAGUACGAAGUGGGCCGAUGGUAUCAAAUCUGUGGGAAUUGAUGGCGUUGAGAGAGAGUUCGACCACCCGUUUUUCCAGGCGUCUUGUAUGUUUUUGGGAGAAUUCUUGUGUCUCUUAGUCUUCAAAGCUUUGUACUUUUAUUACAAGAGGAAGGGGGAUGGAUCUGAGAACGUCAUGGAACUCACUAAGGGAAACAGAGAUUUCAGCCCUUUCACGUUGUUGAUUCCAGCUAUGUGCGAUAUGACCGGUACCUCUGUCAUGUACAUCGGUCUGACUUUGACCUACGCUUCAAGUUUCCAGAUGUUCAGAGGUUCCGUGAUCAUCUUUGUCGGCGUCCUCAGUGUGGCGUUCCUACACCGAGUCCUCAAGAAGAAAGAAUGGGCCGGUAUGCUUUUCGUAAUUUUAGGAUUGACUGUCGUGGGCGCUUCCGAUUUCCUCUACGACAAUACGUCGAGCGAACACCACGACAAAAACGACGUCAUCACUGGGGAUUUGCUCAUUGUCAUCGCUCAGAUCAUCACGGCCAUUCAGAUGGUCGUCGAGGAAAAGUUUGUGGCCGGUCUGGACAUUCCGUCGUUACAGGCUGUUGGUUGGGAAGGAUUGUUCGGAUUGGUAACUUUGAGCCUUUUACAAAUUCCUUUCUAUUUCAUACAUGUGGGAACUCCGUUUGCGGACAACGCCACUGGAUCCUUGGAAAAUGCCUUGGACGCUUUCGUGCAAAUUUGGCACAGUUGGGAACUUAUGCUUGCGAUUCUAGGUACAAUAUUUUCCAUUGCUUUCUUCAAUUUCGCCGGUAUAAGUGUUACCAAAGAGAUGUCGGCUACGACAAGAAUGGUACUGGACAGUGUCCGUACUCUGGUUAUUUGGGUCAUAAGUUUGAUGACCGCCCAACAGGAUUUCCAUUGGUUACAGCUCCUCGGAUUCAUAGGUCUCCUGAUAGGGAUGGGACUGUACAAUAACGUAACCCUGGGCGGUCUGUCCAACAAAGUAACCUCUUUAAUCAACGGCAUGAGAUAUGGUAACGUCCAAGAGGACCCGAUUCAGAAUCACACAGCCGACGAGAGGGAUCAGGCAUGAAACUAUGCAUGAAUCGAAGCGAAGCGAAAUUGUGAUCAUUUUAAAUCGAUUUCCAGAUUGUUUACCGUAUUAUUUUAAUUUUUUAACGCGUUUCUUUCAGACUUGAAUCUGUUAUUUUAUUUUACGAUUCAAAGUGACUGUAAAUAAAGAGAUAUAUGUGUGUAAAUUGGGAAUUUGAGACUGCGACAUGAUGUACGGAGAAAGAUUGUGUGUUAUCAGUUAUCCGAAUUCUUUCUUUAUUUAUAAAUACAAAAAUAUUUCCUUAAAUAGAUUCUCCUGACAUACAA